UUAGGAACCCCUUGACAUUAAAUUUAUUUCUUAUGCCAUCUUAAAGGUCGACCUCUAUCGGAAUGUGAUGAUAACGACUCGUCGCUAAUGUAAGCAAUGAAAUCAUUGUAGACAUUACAACCAGUCAGUGGUGAGGCAAUGCAAAUAGUAUGCAAGUGGAUACGGCGAUGCAAGAGAUUUUGCUUUGGAUUGAGCGAACCGGCUACGUGUAGCUACGGUUUCCUAUACAGUCAGAAGAUUCUUCCGUGAGAAGUCGUUUUCAUUUCAAAACAAGAUUUGUCGAAGUGCUUACAGGCAUUGCACGCACAAUUGAUCCCAAAACAGGACAUUUCCCUACCGCCUCGGCUCUCGUUAUAAUAAGUUUGCUUAUGUCACGAAUGUGUCAAUUGAUCUUUAAAAUCAUUCACCUAUUGUUUGUUGCUCCAAGAUGUCCUGCUGCUGUAAAUCUCCCAAAGAGCCAUCGAACAACAUGAUCAAAAUGGAAGUAGUUGCCGAUGUGAUUGAUCAAAAACCAGCCCAGUGCCUAACUGCAACGUUCGCGAACAACGUAAAAGUGAAUGACGGCAACGAACUAACACCCACUCAAGUGAAAGAUCCACCGUCGGUACAGUGGAACGCCGAUCCAAACAAGUUCUACUUACUAGUAAUGACAGACCCUGACGCUCCAAGCAGAAGCAAACCGGACUUCCGGGAAUGGCACCACUGGCUUGUGGGUAACAUUCCCGGAUUGGAUGUGGGAAAAGGCGAACAUCUAUCGGAAUACAUCGGCUCAGCACCACCCGAAGGUACAGGUUUACAUCGAUACGUUCUUCUUGUAUAUGAGCAACAGGGUCAAAUUACAUUCGACGAGCCGAGGUUAACUAACACGUCGGCUAAUGGAAGAGAAAAGUUUUCGAUUAGGAAAUUAGCGCAGAAGUAUAAUCUUGGAGAACCAAUUGCUGGAAAUUUUUACCAGGCUAAAUGGGACGAUUAUGUACCGAUUGUGUACAAGCAACUGGGAGGUUGACAAAUAUCACCAUUGCACUGUAACUACGUAUACACUGUUUAUAAUGCACCAAUAAACAGGUUCCU